AUGUUUUCGCAUCCACCUUCCACUACAUCAUCAAACCUAGCCCAUGGUAACCGUGUAGCUGAACCCAUUAACUCGCUUUGCAUUCCUUUGACUGAAGAGCGGGACUCGCCUUCCAAACACACCGUCUACAAGUUGGUCAUGAAAGGGCAGGUGCGAGAGUGGUCGGUCUGGCGUAGAUACUCCGAGUUUGAUGCUCUUAAUAGGCAGUUGUUGGCUUUAUUUCCUGACCCUCCAUCUUUGUCGGCCCAGCUGCCCAAUAAAUCCCUGUCGCUGUUUUCCAAUAGCUUGAUUGGCUUUGCUACUGAUCCUGCAAAAGUUGAAGCCAGGCGGAUUGCCUUGGAAGCUUACCUACAAGCUAUUCUCUAUGCCAAAGAUACCCGAUGGAGGCGUUCUGAUAUCUGGAUGGAUUUUCUCAACAUUCCUGGCAGUUUACGAGCGUCCGAUGCCAAAAAGUCAAAAGAGGAUGCUACUGGACAUGUGUUAGUGGACUCGGAUAAUUGGAUACAUAAUUUCCAUGACCUACAGUUGCUGGUUACCGACAUCCGCACAGAAAUCAAUGCACGUACACGAUCUGCGGAGACUUAUGAUGCAUCAACUGUACAGUCUAAAAACGUCCAGCUCCGCAAAUCCACUUCGCUUGCUACAGAUCGACUGAAUGCGUUAGAGAGUGCUCUUAAAAUAUCUUCAGAUACAGUCAAUUCUGGUAGUCGGCCUGUAGGCAUGACGGCUGCAUAUGCCACAAAAGGAGAAAUCCGCAGAAGGCAGGACCUGCUAGCGAAUCUAAAAGAGGAUAUUGCACAGGUUACUAGAGCGGCGUUAACUACGCCUACUAUGCAGCCGAGAUCAGCCAAAGAGUCCAGUGAUCGCCAAAAUUUGUUUGGUACAACAUCUGCAAAUCAUUCACCUUUUAGCCGGAUUGCUACUUCUGUGAAAACUAUGAGAAAAUUCGGAGUGGCAAACGUGCAGCCUCAAGAAACAGACGAGACUCGCUCACUCGACAAUUCUGGGAUACUUCAGCUGCAGCGUGAUACAAUGCAUCAGCAAGAUGCGGAGCUAGACUCGCUUGCUUUUGUUGUACAGCGUCAACGGGAGAUUGGACUGACGAUUGGAAAAGAGCUGGAUUCUCAAAAUCAAUUAUUAGAUGAAGUCAACACUUCGGUAAACAGAGUAGAAACGAAUUUAAAAACUUCAGAUAAAAAGUUGGGAAGGAUAUUAGGGAAAAAAUAGCAUCGAUAUGGCUUUUUAUAUCAAUAGUCUAAUUUGAGUUCAAUUUACAGCCGUAUUCACGUAAAAUGAAACACUUUUCUGUAUUUAUCUCGCAGCUAAAACCUCUAUUCUGCUCCAGAAUAAACAAUCGUUACAUGUUC